UCAUUUACAGGCACUGCUGAGUACUGACUAUAUAUAUAUAUAUAUAUAUAUAAUAAUAUAAAUAUUCCGGCGACUGUAUUACAACGUUGUCGACUCGGAGACGAAGGAGGCUCGUCGUCCACUUGUUACCGGCCGACGGGAAAUGGAAUCGCCGCUGCUCACCAGUAGUAGUUCAGGUGAUCCGCAACUGACUACGGCCGACGGAGAUUACCGACCAUUGAGGACCUUCAAGGAGCUGACAUCUCUGUUCUGGAUAGAAACCGCGAAGCUCUGGAAAAUCUCGGCUCCGAUUAUAGUGACUACCAUCUGUAACUAUGCGAUUAACUCCACCACCAGCAUCUUCGUCGGCCACCUCGGCGAUGUCGAACUCUCCGCCGUCUCUAUCUCCGUCUCCGUCAUCGCCGUCUUCUCUUUCGGCUUCCUGCUUGGUAUGGGGAGUGCACUAGAAACACUCUGUGGCCAAGCUUAUGGUGCAGGGCAAGUUCACAUGCUUGGGGUCUAUAUGCAGCGCUCAUGGAUAAUUCUGUUUGUCACCUGCAUUCUUCUCACGCCAAUUUACAUAUUUGCUACACCGGUCCUGAAGCUCUUCGGCCAAGAAGACGAGAUCGCGGAUCUUGCAGGGACAUUCUCCAUCCAAAUCAUUCCCCAAUUGUUUGCUCUUGCUUUCACUUUUCCUACCCAAAAGUUCCUUCAGGCACAGAGCAAGGUCAAUGUCCUUAUGUGGAUUGGAGCGGGGGAUCUAAUAGUACACAUUGCUCUGCUUUCGCUGUUUAUUUACGGAUUGGGUUGGGGCACCACAGGCGCGGCCAUAGCAUUUGACCUCUCGAGCUGGAUGCUUUCAGUGGCUCAAAUUGUUUAUGCAGUGGGGUGGUGCAAGGAUGCUUGGCAAGGAUUGUCAUGGGCGGCAUUGAAGGAUAUUUGGGCCUUUGUCAGGCUCUCCCUUGCCUCGGCUGUUAUGCUAUGCCUAGAGGUCUGGUAUAUGACGAGUAUAAUCGUACUCGCUGGUAAUCUUGAUAAUGCAGUGAUUGCGGUUGGAUCACUUUCUAUUUGUAUGAACUUCAAUGGAUAUGAGUUCAUGUUGUUCAUCGGAAUAAAUGCUGGGAUAAGCGUUCGUGUCUCCAAUGAGCUUGGUUUGGGCCAUCCAAGAGCAGCUAAGUACGCCGUCUAUGUUACAGUUCUUCAAUCCUUGGUCAUUGGGAUUCUCUGCAUGAUUGUUGUAAUGGCAACUCGAGAAUAUUUCGCCGUCAUAUUCACAGACAGCAAGGAUAUGCAACAAGCCGUAUCUCACCUAGCAUACCUUCUUGGUUUCACUAUGCUUCUUAACAGUGUCCAGCCCGUGAUAUCCGGUGUUGCGGUCGGGGGAGGAUGGCAAGCUAUGGUAGCUUAUAUCAACUUGGGUUGUUAUUACAUUUUCGGGCUUCCUCUAGGCUAUGUUCUUGGUUUUGUAGCAAAUCUAGGAGUACAGGGACUUUGGGGUGGUAUGAUAGCUGGAACUGCACUUCAGACACUGCUCCUUUUGAUCAUUCUUUACAGAACCAACUGGAACAAAGAGGUAGAGCAGACAACGGACCGAAUGCGAAAAUGGGGAGGGGAAGACAUAAUUGCUGAUAAGUUAGAUAGCAAUACAUGAGCUGCUCUUACUUGGAACAGUUUAUCAUUCACUUGGUAUCCUCAACAAGUAAGCAACCUAAUUACUAUACAUCAGUUCAACGCUUUGCCGACUGUUUGAAAGUUACAUAUAGCUGCAGACUCUGCUCUUUCCAAUAUUUUGCAGCAUGGAAAUGUAUACUCAAUUAAACCCUUGUCUGAUAUUAUUUGUUUCAGUUAAUGGCACUUUUUGCCUUCAGAAUGAACAAUGAAUUAUGUACCAUGAAAUGAAGAGAGAAAAUCAAAGCAGAAAAUAAAAUUUAAGGGAUUCUUCAGUUGCAGAAAAUA